AUUUUCCUACAGGUUCUCUACAAGGAGGAUGGAGAGGAGAUGGGUUUUCAGAUGGACCUGAGGCUGAUUUACUGUGUUACUGUGGAUUUAUUCAAGCUAAGAGGGUCAGCACUUGAAGAAGAACAGACAGAUAAACCAAAUAUGCUCAAUCCAAUGCCAUCCAUUUUCAGCAUUAAUUCAGAGCAGCUUGCAGGUUGGGCAUGGGAAGGGAGAGAGGAGGCUGAGGAGCAGCCCAGACACAUGAACAAAGGGAACAAUAGGAACUAUUCUGCAGGCAGAGGCUGCUGCAUUCUUGAACACAUUCACAUGGAUAAAGGAGAUCAAAUAAGAGCUUCCAAAGCUGCACGAUGAUAAGAGAAAAAUAUUACAGUGCUGUUCUGCAGGCUGGACUGUGCAGUGAUUAUACAGCAGUUUGUCCAACACAGCUCCCCAGGGCCAAAAUGCAAUCAGUAACCCUUCCCUUAGAAUCCUGGCUUCUCUGCAGAGCCACAAGAGCAUCUGAUAACUCCCUGGCAGCCCCGGCCGUGGCCGGCCUUGUGCAAAGACUUGGUGAGUUGAAUGUCCGGUUUGUGCGCUUUUCACACACAGCGGGGCUGGCAGGGAGGCACAGCACAGGGAGGGAGGUCCACAUCCCUCCUCUGACACUGAUCCACUCCUUGGACUUGGGCAAGAUAUCUACUUGCAGUCCAGCUCCCAGGAGCUGCUGGAGCCAUAGAGGACACCAGGACUUGGUGCUGGACAUCUGCACCCAGGGAAGGGUUACCAAAGGGUGUAUUUAUCUUCCAGAGGGCUGCCUAAGUGUGGCUUAAUCAUUAAAGCAUCCGAUUUCCUCCAAGUUAUCUGCCAUGAGGCUUAUGAUCUAGUGCCCGGGAGGGAGGGACACACAGGAUUGUGGCCAUGGCCCCGAGGAAGAGGAGCGGCCGGGGGAUCUCCUUCAUCUUCUGCUGCUUCCGCAGCAGCGACCACCCCGAGAUCACGUACCGGCUGCGCAAUGACAGCAGCUUCGCCCUGCAGACCAUGGAGCCCUCGCUGCCCAUGCCGCCCGUGGAGGAGCUGGAUGCCAUGUUCACCGAGCUGGUGGAUGAGCUUGACCUCACAGACAAGCACAGAGAGGCCAUGUUUGCACUGCCAGCAGAGAAGAAGUGGCAGAUCUACUGCAGCAAGAAGAAAGACCAGGAAGAAAAUAAAGGAGCCACCAGCUGGCCAGAGUUCUACAUCGAUCAGCUGAAUUCAAUGGCUGCUAGAAAAUCACUGAUCGCCUUGGAAAAGGAAGAUGAGGAGGAGAGAAAUAAAACAAUUGAAAGUUUGAAGACUGCACUGCGGACAAAACCAAUGAGGUUUGUGACCCGGUUCAUUGACCUGGAUGGCUUAUCAUGUAUCCUCAACUUCCUCAAAAGCAUGGACUAUGAGACAGCAGAGUCUCGAAUACAUACCUCGCUCAUUGGAUGUAUAAAAGCACUAAUGAACAACUCCCUGGGCCGGGCCCACGUCCUGGCCCACCUGGAGAGCAUUAAUGUAAUUGCUCAGAGUCUGAGCACGGAGAAUAUUAAGACAAAGGUGGCAGUGCUGGAAAUCAUGGGCGCUGUGUGCCUGGUUCCCGGGGGCCACAAGAAGGUACUGGAGGCCAUGCUGCACUACCAGAAAUAUGCCAGUGAAAGGACUCGUUUUCAGACGCUGAUCAACGACUUGGACAAGAGCACGGGCCGGUACCGAGAUGAAGUGAGCCUCAAGACAGCCAUCAUGUCCUUCAUCAACGCCGUCCUGAGUCAGGGGGCAGGCGUGGAAAGCCUGGAUUUCAGACUCCACCUGAGGUAUGAAUUCCUCAUGCUCGGCAUCCAGCCCGUCAUUGAUAAACUAAGACAACAUGAAAAUUCAACCCUCGACCGGCACUUAGAUUUCUUUGAAAUGCUUAGAAAUGAAGAUGAAUUGGAGUUUGCCAAAAGAUUUGAGCUGGUCCACAUUGACACCAAAAGUGCAACUCAGAUGUUCGAGCUGACGAGGAAGAGGCUGACGCACAGCGAGGCGUACCCGCACUUUAUGUCCAUCCUGCACCACUGUCUCCAGAUGCCUUAUAAAAGAAGCGGCAACACUGUCCAGUACUGGCUGCUGCUCGACAGGAUCGUGCAGCAGAUUGUCAUCCAGAGUGACAAAGGGCAGGACCCCGACGCCACUCCCCUGGAAAACUUCAACAUUAAAAAUGUUGUACGAAUGUUAGUCAACGAAAAUGAAGUGAAACAGUGGAAAGAGCAAGCAGAGAAAAUGAGAAAAGAGCACACAGAGCUGCAGCAGAAGCUGGAGAAGAAGGAGCGGGAGUGUGACGCCAAGGCCCAGGAGAAGGAGGAGAUGAUGCAGACGCUGAACAAGAUGAAGGAGAAGCUGGAGAAGGAGUCCAGCGAGCACAAGCAGGUCAAGCAGCAAGUGGCAGAUCUCACAGCACAGCUCCACGAGAUGAGCAGGAGGGCGAUCUGUGCUGCCAGUCCUGGAGGACCUCCCAUGCCACCAGGAGCACCUGGUGGCCCUUCACCUUCUCCAACUCCCGGCUCUCUUCUUCCCCCUCCACCACCCCCACCACUCCCAGGGGUAUGUCCCCCACCGCCUCCCCCACCACCUCCUCCAGGUGGUCCCCCACCUCCCCCUGGCCCCCCACCCCUGGGUGGGCUGAUGCCUCCCCUUGGACCACCCCCGGGCAUGGCCUUCAAGAAGAAGAGCAUCCCUCAGCCGACCAACGCCCUCAAGUCUUUCAACUGGUCCAAGCUUCCAGAGAACAAGCUGGCAGGCACUGUGUGGACCAACAUAGAUGACACAAAAGUGUUCAAAAUCCUGGACCUUGAAGACCUGGAAAGGACAUUCUCAGCCUACCAAAGACAGCAGGACUUCUUUGUGAAUGGUAGCUCCAGACAGAAGGAAGAUGCCAUCGAUGACACGUUGAGUUCCCGGCACAAAGUCAAGGAGCUUUCUGUCAUAGACGGCCGGAGAGCUCAGAAUUGCAACAUCCUCCUCUCCAGGCUGAAACUCUCGAAUGAUGAGAUCAAGCGAGCGAUUUUGACGAUGGACGAGCAGGAGGACCUCCCAAAAGACAUGCUGGAACAGCUCCUGAAGUUUGUUCCUGAAAAGGGAGACAUUGACCUGCUGGAGGAGCAUAAGCACGAGCUGGACCGCAUGGCCAAGGCUGACCGCUUCCUCUUCGAAAUGAGCAGGAUAAACCAUUAUCAGCAAAGGCUGCAGUCCCUCUACUUCAAGAAGAAGUUUGCAGAGAGAGUUGCAGAGGUCAAACCCAAAGUGGAAGCCAUCCGUGCUGGCUCCAAGGCAGUGCUGCAGAGCAGCAGUCUCCAGCAGCUCCUGGAGGUGGUCCUGGCCUUUGGGAACUACAUGAACAAGGGCCAGAGGGGCAACGCCUUUGGGUUUAAGAUCUCCAGCCUCAACAAGAUUGCAGAUACCAAGUCCAGCAUUGACAAGAACAUCACCCUGCUGCACUAUCUCAUCACUGUCGUGGAAAAGAAAUAUCCCAAAGUCCUCAGCCUGCACGAGGAGCUGCGAGACAUCCCACAGGCAGCCAAAGUCAACAUGACUGAGCUGGAGAAAGAAAUAAACACUCUGAGAAGCGGCCUGAGAGCAGUGGAGACUGAGUUGGACUUCCAGAAGUCUCAGGUUCAGCAGGCAGGUGACAAGUUUGUGUCUGUGGUCAGCCAGUUCAUCACACUGGCCAGCUUCAGCUUCUCGGAUGUCGAAGAUCUCCUGAUGGAAGCAAAAGAGCUGUUUUCCAAGGCUGUGAAGCACUUUGGAGAAGACACAGACAAAAUGCAGCCUGACGAAUUCUUUGGCAUCUUUGACCAAUUCCUUCAAGCUGUGACCGAGGCCAAGCAGGAGAACGAGAACAUGAGGAAGAGGAAGGAGGAGGAGGAGCGCCGGGCACGCAUGGAAGCACAGCUGAAGGAGCAGCGGGAGCGGGAGCGCAAGGCGAGGAAGGCGAAGGAGAGCGGGGAGGAGAGCGGCGAGUUCGACGACCUGGUGUCGGCCCUGCGCUCGGGCGAGGUGUUCGACAAGGACCUCACCAAGCUGAAGCGCAACCGCAAGCGCAUCACCAACCAGCUGGCCGAGAGCGGCCGCGAGAGGCCCGUCACCAAGCUCAACUUCUGAGAAACAAACUGACAGCAAAGCCCAGCAAAAGACACGUGGGUCAGUCUUUCUGAAGUGGCUGUGGUUUUCUGGGUUUUUUUUUUGUUUCCAUGACACUGCCUUGCGAUUCCAAGCGGAACAGUGGCACGCUCUCUGUCCCUGCGGGCGAGUGUGUGUGUGUAGAUACUGUGUAUAUAGUCGGGUCGGGGGGUGUGAAGGGAGGUGCGUGGGCAGCUCAGUGCCAGCAAUGCCUCCUCCCCACUCCAAAAAGUAGUUCUCCCCAUGCACAAGCACAAUGCCGCGUCCGUGGAGCAAGAGAGGACCCAACCCCAAGCCGCCGGUUGUCCCCACGGUCCCAAAGCCAACGGGGAAGCUGCCUCCUGCUGCUCUCCUGCUCAGAACCCUCCCCAGGGCCAUUUGCAGGGGACGCCUUGCACACAAGCCGAGCGGUUUAAAGAAGAAAAGAAAAAAAAAAAAGCAAAGUUGACUGAACUUUAAUCCAUUGUUUGUUUGUUUGUUUUCUCUCAUUGUUGUGAUUAUUUUGAGAAACUCGCAGAUCUGUGCGUUCGCGCUGGUUCCCGAGCUCGGCGCCGCGGGUGCUCCCGGCGAUGCUCUUCCCGUCAUCCUUGGGAAAUGCUCUUUUUCCUCCUGCUGCCACCUUGCUAAAGGACAAACUUUACCCCAAAGUGCUUCUCGCUGUAACGCCACACUGAUGUAUUUAUACUUUUGCAGCGUUUUCUGGCCCAAGACGGUGGGAAAGGUUCGGUUCUCGGAGGAGACGAAGAGCAUAAACUUUUGCGUUGUAACUUUUGUUCUUGCUUUCUGUUCAAUGGGACAAACUGUAUCCUCUGUCAAGGUGGGUCAGGACCAAAGGUCUCUGAAAUACAAAGGGGUUGGGGUAAAACCCAGCAGCUUUCACCUGCCUUCUUUUCCUUUUUCUUUCUCGGACACACAGAAGCAGCAAUGCCAAGAAACACCCGUCUCUUAGCCAGGUCCUUUUUUGACUGGUUUGCUGUUCAUUGUCAUUGCAAAUUUGUAAGCAGAACUACCUGUCAAAUGUCAGUCCAAAAAAAAAGAAAAGACAAAAAAAAACCAAUAAUAAAAGUAAUUCAGAGCUCUCAGGGAGUAAUAAUUUAAGGGUUUAGAAAAUUAAGAAUUGGAGAAUAAAAAAUAACCACCAUUAACAUAUUAACAUUUCUAUUCUUAAAUUAUGCUGAGUAUAUAGAGGACUGUUACUUUUUACUUUUAUUUAUUUGUGGUAUGUUUUAUAAGAAAGCAAAACAAAACCUUUUUAUACCACCAAUACUUUUGUGAUCUUUUUUUUGUUUGUUUGUUCCUUUUCCUGUGGAGAGAUGAGUUUGUCCCUGUUGCACUAGAUAUUAACACUAUUUGAAAUAAGGUUGGUUGUUCUUUUUUUUUUUUUUUUUUUUUGUCAGAUAAUCGGUAUUACUGGUGGGUAUGGGAUGUCAGUUAACUAUAUGUACUGUAUAGCAAAAGUGCUGUUUAAACUAAUUUGUAUAAAAAAAUAUGGUUCUAAGCACCUGAAGGCCACAGGGUCUGUGUGCUGAGUGAAAGCUGUGAAAUCUCUCUCGAAGCAGAGUUGUCAAGAGCUGUGGUUUUACCAUUUUGUUCUCUUCUUCAUUGCAACGUUUAACGCACUGUAGAUUUAAAAAAAAAAAAAGAAAAAAAAGAAAAAAAUACUUUCUGAGUAGCAUUUAAAGCAGUAAUAAAUAAAGCAGGUAAGUGCAAAAAUAAGGUCCAGCACCUCAUAGCCAAGCAGCUGCAAAACCUGCAGAUUAUGUUCAAAGGUGGAGUUAAGCACUUUGCUUUAAGAAGGAGGGGGAAAUAAAGACAAAAGGUAAUGAUAAUACUAUUCCUUAACUAAAGUGCCUCUAUUUAUAUUUUUUAUUUAUGGCUGAAAAAAAUGGGGCUGAUACAAUUGAGGGAAUGGACUAUGGGGGGAAUUGAAAAUAUAUAAAAUAAGAAGGAAAAAAAAAAGGUUAAAAAGAAAAAGUUUGGCUUCUGAUGGUUUAAGGAAUGGUUGGUCACACGUGUUUAAUUGGGCAGGUGGUGGGGUCAGAAAGGGCAAUCUCCUCCCGGGGUCCCUGGGUGCCAGCACCCACCCCGGCUCCUGCCUCUGCAACCCCAGUGCCACAUCAGGACCUUUCCUGACAGAUUUCCUCUUGCCCUUCCAAACCUCUUGGGUUGUUUGUUUUUUUUAAUUGUUUUACAACAGCCUGAUUAUCAGGCUGACUUUGCCAUUUCUUUGUUUUCUUUCAAAAAAUAGAAAAAAGAAAAAAAUAUUAUAUCUCUAUAAAUAAAUACAAAGGCUGUGUGCAGGUAAUUCCAUGUGCCAUUGUCGAAAACUACUUUUAGAUUGGUGCUGGUGUAAGUAGCCACUCUUUUCUCUUGGGUGUGUAUUUUAAAGAUGAUUUUUUUUUUUUAAUAAUGCCAAAAACAAAACAACGAAAAAAAAUCCAUAAUAAUUUGUAAACGAAAGUUUAUGUCUUGGACCUUAUUAGCUUCGUAGUGACUAAGGUAGUCUGUUAGGUGCAAGGAUGUUAGUAGUUCUAGCUAGUGGGAAAUGCUGUGUAAUGUUAUGAGACUGUACAUUUUCUAAGAUGGCAAUAUGCAAUAAAGCAAAACGAUUUCAGUGAGUGUA